AUGGGCUUCGCCCAAGGAUCUCCACAUCGAUCGGUCCUAUGCCACGCGCAUCCAUCGGCUUCCCGUGAUGUUCACCAGAUCGUCGGUCCACCUGGUCCAUUGAUAUUCACAAUUGCCACUUGCAUUACGAUGGUGAUGUUUCUUCAAGUGGCCAGGUCUUGGCCAAGACUGGUGCAGCACAUAGCAGCCACCGAAGAAUUGGAACCAAGCUUUAAUAGACUUCUGAUUAAUAAGUGCAAUAUCACGUGUAUUGUCGUGCUUGUAUUGGCUUUUUUGGAACUCAUACUGUCUAUGCUGUCUGCAUUUGCGGGUGCCAUGGUUUGUCAGACCGACAAAGCCUUGUAUGAAGGCUUUGUUACACAUUUCUUCCCGUGGGUCUUUAAUGAGCUACCGUAUUCAGUUUACCUGGGCGUUAUGACUCAGUUCCUACACUUCCAGUCGACACUCAUUGGCAAUUUCUCGGAUUUGUUCGUGAUGUGCAUGAGUUAUUACCUCACUGCACGUCUCGAGCAUAUAAAUGCCAAGCUGUUGGCAGCCCAGGGGAAGUAUCUGCCUGAAAUAUUUUGGAGGACGAUCCGCCAAGACUACUGUCGCAUCACACAGCUGGUGCGAAGAGUCGACGAGGUGAUCAGCGGCAUCGUAUUAAUUUCAUUCGCAAGCAAUCUGUUCUUCAUCUGUCUUCAACUCUACAACACGUUAGAGAACGGUAUUAAAGGAACGGGGGAGUGUAGCGGGCGAUUCAGCAACUCCUCACUCCUGGGCGGAUCCGAAGCGGCGGUAUACUUCUUGUUCUCACUGGUGUACCUCAUCGCUCGCUCCGUGGCGGUGUCCAUGAUUGCGUCGCAGAUCAACAUAGCAUCGUUGGUGCCAGCGCGCGUGCUGUACGCUGUGCCUUCACCUGUCUACUGCGUGGAGGUGCAGAGGCUUUUGGACCAAGUUCACGGGGAUACGGUCGCUUUGACUGGCUUACAAUUCUUCAGUAUCACCAGGACUUUGCUUUUGACGAUUGCAGGCACGAUCGUGACUUACGAGUUAGUAAUGUUUCAAUUCACUACGCCGUCGUUUCUUGCCGCCACCAUUUCACCAACAAUCACGACAUCUGCGGUAAUCGCUGUCGCUUGAUUUUCA